UAGGCGGGCCCGCAGGGAGUCGCUUUGGGGAAGAGGUUACAGUACACCGACGGCGCACAACCUGCAGGUUCAUUCUGGUUAACUCAACCCAGCAUGUGACUGUCUGCCGAUAAGUGAUAUCACAAUAACUCCCAUCAUUUAGCUCCAUCUCUUCCUGUAUGGCUGUGUUUCCUCUGCUCGCGUUCAAAGGGAGCGAAGCUUGCUGAAGGUUGCGCUGAAAACCUCUGGAGAUGUUCUGGUUCAGGCAGGGGCUUUGCUUCCUGCCCGCGUUUCUGGUCGUCUGGUCCUCCUGCACUUUCAUCGUUUCCUAUAUUAUUGCGCUCUUUAGAGGCGAUGUGGACAUUAUAUUCCCCUAUAUAAGUGAUACGGGUGCAAAUCCACCUGAGAGCUGCAUUUUUGGCCUUAUGACCUUCAUUUCUUCAUGCGCAGGAACUGCCACCAUAUACGCCAGAUACAAGUAUGUGGAGAGGCUGACUGAGCAGAACAGCCUGGUCAAACCGUGCCUGAAUAAAGCCGGGCUCGUGUUUGGGCUUGCCGCCUGUUUUGGGAUGUGCAUCGUUGCUACUUUCCAGGAAACAGCAGUGACGCCAGUCCAUGAUUUCGGGGCGCUUGUAUUUUUCGUCUCUGGAGUUCUUUACAUAAUCCUGCAGUCUGUAAUAUCUUUCCAAGCGUCUCCUUAUGAUUCAUCCGUCUGUGUGUGUCGAUUCCGUUUGUUCAUCGCAAUAGUUGCUGGAGUUGCAUUUUUUCCCACUGUGAUCUGUGCGUAUUUUGUUAAACAAACCACCCUCCACAGGCACACAUCUGACAAGGAUUAUCCGUUCCACAUCGCCAGUGCCGUCUGCGAGUGGAUCGUUGCCUUCAGCUUCGUGUGCUUCUUCCUCACAUACAUUGACGAUUUCAAAACGUUUAAGUUGCAAGUGAGGACAGAAUAUGAGGACUAGACGAUCACCAACUUAAUUUCAAUGAAUUUGUGUAUUUUAUGUAAUUUUUUGCACCAGAGCUUUUUAUACAAUCAGAUAUUUUUAUCACUUGAAUUGUUUCACAUAAUAUUUUCCUAUGUCUGAUCAUUACUGGUGUAUUAUUAUUAUUUUUUAACCUUUUUAUACAAUCAUUUUAUACGAGUUUUAACUUUUUCCUGUUUAAGCACCACUUUGCACUUUGACUGUUGCCACAGACCUGUGGCCACUAAUAAGAGAAGUUCAUCACACAUUUUACAUGUGACACAUGCAGCGCAUGAGGGAAAACAGAAAAACCACUAAAACUGAAUCGAGGUUCUUAUAUUUGGUGCUUCCUUCACAAGUAUUGUACAACUGUGUUCAAGUUUUUUUAAAUAAAUUAAACUUUUGUUGCAGUAGCACAGUUACAAGAUGAGAAGUUCCUCCUCUAGUUUAUAAUUUUUAAAAGAGAGGAGCAAGUUUUAACUGGUAUUUAGUUGUAACUAUCCUGUUUUACUUGAAUGGCAUGUUUUGUUUUUACCAUUUUAAAAAGCAGCCAAGCGCGUCACGUCAAAUCUAUACCCUAAGGAAACAGGAAGUCAUGAAUAUACUUAUUGAAACUGUAGAUACUUGAUCAAUUCAAAAGGUAGAGCAGACAAAAAUGUUUAAUCUUUUAUUUAUAGGAAUUGUUAAGGAGGAAAAUAAUUGUGCCAAGUUUUUUCUUUUUUGGUGGUAAAACAAUUUCUUAACACUGGAUAAAAUUUGUUUAGUGUUGAGAAUCUUUCAAUGCUUAUGCUCAAACUUCAGGUUGGAUUUUUCUAAAUUUUUCAGUGUGAGAUUACAUUACUGCAACCAAGGGUUAAUUUAUUUUAAGGUUUUUAUGCAUCAAAGAUCGCUGACAGCAGAGGAACCUGAUAUAUACUGUAUAUAUGCUGCGUAAAAAGUCAAUCAUUUCCUGAACUUUAAGCACCAACAUGGAGGCCUAAAAGCCGAUCAAGAAGACUGAAAACUUACUGUGACACAAAGUAAUAAAAAUGUACGGUAUGGAAUAUAUUUAAGAAAUAAAGUGCCUUUCUUGUGUUAUUCAGUGACAAUAAGAGGUGAAACAUGUCCAGACUGCAUAUAAACUCAUCCAGUUUUUGUACUUAGAUGUUUAUUUUUGUUCAAACUAUGAGUAUAAGUCAUCCUAUACAGUUUUCCAGGUAAUGUGGACAAAACUCACCUUCACUACAAAUGUUUUUACAAGAGAAAAUCUAACUGUAUCCAGCAAACUACUGUCGUACUUUUGACUAAAUGUACUGUAAAGAUUAUUUUAAACAUCUGAAAAAUAAACUGCACGUUUUGUAUCAA